AAGAAAAAAGAAAAAUCAAAAUCCAAAUGACAAGCAGAAUGCGAAGUUACAGAGAUGACAACUGCGACUGCUUCCGCUCUACCAUCCGUUUCCCUUAAUCUCUCCAUCACCACCGCCACCGCCACUCUCCGCUCCGGCACCAACCAUGUCUCACUCUCCACCCUCCGCCGCCGUCUUUACCCAGUACGAGUAGCAAAUGACUCGAAAAUAACCGAGGUAUCUCCCGAUCUUAUAAUCGGAAAGUCAGAAGCUGAUAAGAUCGUGGACGGAAUUGACUUCGGUGAGCUCUGUAAUGAAUUCGAAUGCAUUAGCAGUCCGGCUGUUGAAGCCACCGCUAGACAACUCGUACGUGACAUCUUAGAGCUCCGGGAUGGCAAUCGUGCUCUAGGAACGUAUGCUGUUUCAGUCAAAUACAAGGAUCCAGUCAGAAGUUUUACUGGUCGUGAGAAGUACAAGAGACCACUAUGGUCGAUCAAUGCACUAGAUAACCCUACUGUGAGUGUGCAGGAGAUGUCGAUGUUGUCUACAAGUGUAUUGAGCAUAAAAUGGACACUGAAAGGAAACCCUAAAAAUGUUGUAGCUGGUGUAGGAGGACCUGUGAUUCUAAAAGUCAACUCUCGGUUUACAUUGAAUCAGAUUAGUGGUCAAGUUAUUGAACAUGAAGAGAUUUGGGAUUUAUCUUCAUCAUCAACAAUUGUUCAAGCAUAUUUCUGGGCUUCACGUCGUUUAUUUUCUGUAGUUGAAUCUACAAAAGAUUUUUCUGAUUCUGUCAAGAACUUGUCAAGCCGCUUUUCAUCAAAGAAAGAAAAUUUGGAGAUUUAUCCAGAUCCCUCUGGUGAUCCAUUGAAGUUUUUCCAAAGUGAAGAUGAGUUUCAAAGAGACGCAUACCAACUGGCAUUGUUUCUUGCACUUCUGUACUUCCUCGUGCAGUUUUUGAGGACAACUUUGUAAAAUCACUGUAAGUGAGAUAUAAACUGUGUAAAUGUGGUUACAUAUACGUUAUAUUUUCCAUAUAUAUAUAUAGAAAUUUUCUGCAAGAAUCCCUUUACGUUGUAUCAAACUUUGAUUGUUGAUCAAUAAAUUCCGUCUGUAUAAAAAAGUUCAACUUCUAACGUCA